UUAGUUAUCGUUUCAGACUGUAAGUGAAUUGAUAUUAUACCAACCAUUAAAAUUUUGCAACUAAUAAAAAUUUCAAAUAGUGUGCAUAUAACACUGUGCCUCAAUUUAUUUACAGUAAAAAGUGAUGUUCAAAAGUUUGAAUCCAUAGAACUACUAUAGUAAAAGAGUAACUACAAAUGUCAGCACUUAUACCUGCUAUACGUAUAUCAUCUGUUACCAAACCUGCUAAGGCAGCUAUUAUAUUUGUUCAUGGAUUGGGGGACAGUGGUGAAGGUUGGUCAUGGUUUCCUCAAUUGGUAAAUCAAUCAAAAGUGAUAAAAAAUCAUGAUACCAUAAACUAUGUAUUCCCUAAUGCUCCUAAAAUCCCCAUUACAGUUAAUGGUGGUUAUGUAAUGCCAUCUUGGUUUGAUAUUUAUGAAUUUGGUAAUCCAAAUGCAAGACAAGAUGUGACUGGAAUUUUAAAAAGUUGUGAUACUUUAAAGGAUUUGAUUAAAGAACAAAUUGAAGUUAAUCAUAUUCCCCCAGAAAAGAUAAUUAUUGGUGGUUUCUCUCAAGGUGCUGCUAUUGCCUUAGCUACCAUAGCAUUAUUAGACUUUAAAAUUGGAGGAGCAAUUGGAUUAUCGGGAUUCUGUUCUAUAAAGGAUACCAUUGCUAGUAAGAUUGGUAAAGCUGCUAUAAAUGCUGAUACUCCCAUAUUUCAAGGUCAUGGUACCCAAGAUCCAGUAAUUGCAUGCGAAUUUGGUAGACAAACAAGUGAGUUUUAUAAAAGCAUUGGAUUUACCAACUAUGAAUUUACAACAUACCAUGGUGUUGCUCAUAGUGCUGGUGAUGAUGAGUUAUUAGAUGUAAUGAAGUUUAUAAAUGAUAUCUUAAAGUAGUUAUAGUAUAGUAUAGUUAGAAUUUAGUAGACGUGUCUUAAAAAAUAAUUUUUUGUGUGAGAUCCUCUCUGCCAAACCCAAAAAUAUCUAAAUAACAACUAACAUCGAUUAUACAGCCCAAUUGUCCAUUAUAACCAAUCAUAUAACCAACUCAAUGGAACCUCCAACCAGACAGAUAUUAAAGGGGUUAAUCAUAUUCCCCCAGAAAAGAUAAUUAUUGGUGGUUUCUCUCAAGGUGCUGCUAUUGCCUUAGCUACCAUAGCAUUAUUAGACUUUAAAAUUGGAGGAGCAAUUGGAUUAUCGGGAUUCUGUUCUAUAAAGGAUACCAUUGCUAGUAAGAUUGGUAAAGCUGCUAU